UUAAAUUGGCGAGCACUGGUCCUCCAUUUCUUAUCGACAGCACUAUGCCAAUCGAGGCUUUUAAGACGGUCAGUGCAGCUGAAUGAGCCAAUCUGUGCCUUCCUUACUCGACUCGACUCGACUCGACUGGUAGGACACAAGUCUCGUUUAAUUCAACCUUGUCUCAAUGACCAAGGCUUCUGUACAUAUGUGGGCUUGGUUUGGCAGAACGCAGUGAAGGUAUAAGCCGUGUGUCAGUUUUAGAGUUUAUCCGUCAGGUUUAGAGUUUAUCUGUCAGUUUUCUGUUAUAUCCGUCAGUUUUCGAGUUUAUCUGUCAGUUUUCUGUUAUAUAUAAGCGAAUGCCGAUAAACGGAAAUCCCAUCUUCCCACCAAUUCUCUCUCUCUCUCUUCUUCAUCAUCUUGUUGAUUUGUUCCCUGCAAUGAAGCCGCUCUCCUCAAUUCUUUCUUACCACGAAAGACAAGGUAAGAGAAAAAGCCAUGGAUUCAGCACGUAUAAAAGUUGAUUCCAAGAACCCUCGGCCUUCUCCUGCGUCUCUUUUUCACUCUUCACACCCCAUCGAUGGAGGCAGCGAUUCUAAAAGAUCUGCAAGAUCCCCAGAUGAAAACGUGGAUCGUUCUCCUGUUAAAGCCACAAAUUCCACCCUCCUGAUUGUCAUCGUCUGCUCUGUGGUACUGCUUGCCUUCCUUCACAUCUUUCUCUACGGCAACGACUUCUCCGCUAUGGACCCCUCAGAGCACUACCACCAACCACUUCCCGUGGCAAUGGCGGCGUGGGAGUCCAUCUCGGCAGGCGGCGUGCUCAACAAGUCGUGCAGCGUCACCCUCCAUCCGGAAUUCUUUCUCUCCUCCCUCUCCCACCUCCAUGGAGUCCGAGUCGCCAACACCAAGAAGGAGAUCAUCGUGGCCUCUGUCAAGGAGGCGGCGCGGCUGGCUAAGAAGGCGUUGGUGAAGUUCGACGGCAUCAUGGUCCGGGAACGGAAGCGGACGAGCAACCGGCAUGGAGCCCUCAGUAUCUGCGUCCAGAUGAUGGAGAUAACCAUCUUGAACCUCCACACCGUCCUCAGCCACCUCGUCACCAGCUCCUCCGGUCACCGCUCGCCGCAGCCAUCUGCGAACGGCUUCUCCCGCUUUCCUUAGCAUGAAAACGAGGACAAGGAGUAUAUGAGUGCGGCCAUGGCGGACCACGAUACGUGCAUGGACAGCUUGAAAGAGUUCAAGACAACGAAGAUGCAUCUCAACAACAUCAAGAUUCAAGAACGUCAAGAAGCACAUGGAUCCGAACUUUGGUAGCAACAGAGGAGGAGAUGCGCUUGGCUGGUCAUGGUGGUGGCCAUGGUGAAACUGAUGCAUUAUCUCCUGCCACCACCCACGCGGAUGCUUGAGUUGGUGAUGCGGCAAAAAAAGAUCCCAACAAUAUCGCGAUGUCAUCUCCGUGGUGGACAAGCACAACCGUUCACAGCAACUCCCCUAGAUGGUGACGCUGAAGGAGUUGUUGAGUACGUCGCUUGCAGAAAUGGACUUCCUGGUCGCCAUCAACGCAGGAAGUGGUUGGUGGUUGCGCUGCGACGGGGACGCAGACGCAGUGGAGGAGGAGUCGCCAUAGAAAAAGAUGUGGAGCAAGGCGAACAGUACAACAGAGAGGGCGAUGAAGACAAGCAGGGUGGAGUUCAUGACCUUAGGGCAAGAAGGAUCCACGUUGUCGUCUGGGGAUCUUGCAAGUCUUCUGGAAUCGCUGGCACCAUCAAUGAAGUGGGAAGAAGAAGAAUGUGGAAGCGGGGAGGCAGGAGGAGGAGGCCGAUGAUUCUUGGUCGCAAUUCUGAUACUCGACGUCGUUGAACCCAUGGCUUCCUUAUACUGGUCCUUGCCUUCUUGGCUUUCUUGGUAAGAAAGAUCGAACUGACAAGAGCAGUUUGAUUGCAGAGAACAAAUAAAGCAGAUGAAGAAGAAAUAGAGAGGGAUGCACAUACAUACGCGCAACUUCAACCAGUGAACUUCCCUUGAGUAUCAUCAGCUCAUGAAUCAUGAAGACCAAGAGAUGCAAAGUAUUUUUAUAGAGAAGAGACGUAGAUGAAUGUACCACUAUGAAGAUUUCAAGUUUGGGGCUGAAAUAAUCCGUUCAUAUUAAAGCUUUCCAUGAAUCGUUCUGCUUUUGCAGAUUUCAAAAAUUUUCGAUCACUUGAAGUGUGUGGAGGAGGUAUAACUGAUGAUGGGGAAAAAAAUAUCAGAGAGCUUACUUAGAGAGCUGUGUACAUAAGACAAUCAUGUAGCUAUGUUUCUGUAAACAGUUCGUAAAUAAUGAACUUAAAAUGACUGAAAUAAUCUUUAUGUUCAGAAUGUAGAUAUUGUUAUUCUGCCAGAAAAUGUGUGUCUAUGCUUGCCCUGGUACACUUAUGUUUUCAUUCAUUAAACAUCAGAAAAUACUUGGGGGAAUCUGUAUCUAUGCUGUCUGUUACGUCCAGCAUCCUCGCCUUCUCAUGCUGGAGAUGAUGCCUUUUUAUUCGCGAUUUCAUGACUGACUGCGUGGUUCUACAUGAUUUUCACUUUGCAUUGUAAUAGUUGAUCUUGCUUCAAGUUACAUGUUUUUACCAUUCAUGCUUGUCUGACAAGUAGGGAUGUUUGGCUUGGGGAGUGGAUCGGAAUUCUUGAAAUGGGUCAAAUUGGGGCAAAAGUAGAUAGCAUUAAGAGAUGAGGUUAGAACUGGUUCUGAUGUAAAAAAAAAAAAAUGUCUAA